UGAUGGCAUUAAUAACAAUGUCUUUAUUGUUUGGCACAACACUUAAUUCAUUAUACGUGUGGUAUUUGGUAGCGGCUGUUGUGGCCAUUCUGAUCACGUAUACUUAUUUAAAAUAUUGUCGUUUAUAUAAUUACUGGAAAGACCGCAAUAUCUCGGGUCCAAAAGCCAUACCAUAUUUUGGCAAUUCUUUAAGUCUAUUACUGACGGCGAAGCCAUAUAUAGAGAUGCAGUGGUAUAACAGAUACGGCCGACUCUACGGUUUGUAUUACUCAAGUAAACGGACGCUAACAGUGGCGGACCCGGCGCUCGUCAAACAGAUACUGGUGCAGGAAUUUGACAAAUUCCGGAACCGAACGCCAGAGUGGGGCCAAAAAGAUGCGCCAAACUAUCCCAAACACAUCGCCACCGCUCGGGACGGCCACUGGAAACGGCUGCGGCUCGUCAUGAGUCCCACAUUCACUCCG